AUGAGCUGUCGGAAAGCUGGAGUGCAAUGCGUUUUCAGUCCUCGAAGCCUCAUGGGUCGCCCAAGAGCGCGACGUCACCGAGGCAUCAGCCAGACUGAGAUGCAACGUGAAGCAUCCGCGGCACAGGCGGAGUGGGCCCCUGGUAUAUAUCCACCGCAGAUGGCCGGCCCCUAUCUCACCGGGGUGGACAUCUCUUUUGAUGAAGCGUGCCUCACGGGUGACAAACAACGCAGAUGUGAGACCGUUGGAGCGAUCAUUUCAUAG